AUGGCAUCCUACACAUCCGACGACUGCACAGGCCUGCUUGCUUUCUGGGCUGACAUCGAUGAUCCCGACUACGUGCUCCGCUACCAGCAAUGGCACAACUGUGAGCACAUCCCCGAGCGUGUUCUGACCGAAGGCUUCAUUCAAGGCCAGCGCUACCGGAGCCUCGACAACCGACCUCACUUCCUCAUGUUCUACGACACCAAGACCCCCGCCGUGCUCACGUCCGAUGCCUAUAUGACUACUUUGCGCAAUCCCACACCUUGGACUAGAGAGGCGCUCGCGCAUUUUCGCGACCCAGUCCGUGAUAUCUUCCAGAGGCUGGCGGUGGCAGGUCGGCCGGGGAAGUUGGCGGCGCCGUAUGUAACGUCAUUGCGUUUUGAUUUGUCGGAGCCUGUGGACGAGGAGAGGUAUGUGGGACGGUGGCUCGAGGCUGUAACAGCAGUCGCGAGUGUGAGUAGAGCGAGGCUGUAUAAGGCGGAUGCUGCGAUGGGGAAUGCGGCGAAUGCGGAGAACAGGUUCCACGGUGGGGGACCGGGGACGCAGGCGUAUCUGGCGCUUAUUGAGGAGUCUCUGCCGCCGGAAGAGGCGAGUGAUCCUGUCAAGGCUGGAGACGCGGCUUUAGAGGGAGAUGUGGGGAGGGUGGAUGAGGAGUGUAAUAGAUACUGGCUGGAGGUGGUGCACACGAAGGCUGAGAUGGCGUAG